AUUUAGUAUUCCUGACGUUCACUUCGAAGUCAACGGAAACCAAAUAAUAUUUCCUCAGUGCAGUGACAGGGAGUGCAGUCGAGGGAUGUAGUAGAGAAAUAAAAGUGUAAAUUAUUUGGUUUUAUUAUUAUAAUUAUUAUUGGUGUUAAGUGUGCAUGUGCAGUCGAUUGUUGUUAGAAUGUUAUAAACACAAGAAACUUAAAAAAUGGCACACAAUCUUAAAAUAACCGUGGUCGGAGAUGGUAUUGUUGGUAAAACAUGUAUGCUGGUCGUUUAUACCACUGGCAAAUUUCCCGAAGAGUACAUCCCGACAAUAUUCGAGCACACCGGAUGCGAUAUUGAAGUAGACAACAGCACCUAUCACGCUACCCUGUGGGACACCGCGGGACAAGAAGAUUACGAAAGACUAAGGCCUUUAAGUUAUCCAAAUACGAACUGUUUUUUAAUUUGUUUUUCCGUCGACCAGUCGCAGGCGUCUUAUGAGAACGUUCACUUAAAAUGGGCCCCGGAAGUAAAACACCACCUGCCAAAUGCCAAAGUAUUAUUAGUAGCUACUAAAACAGACUUAAGAAGAGAUCCAGCCAAAAACUGUUACAGCACGGAAGACGGCAAACGACUAAAGAAAAAAAUAAAAGCGGUAAAGUACAUGGAGUGCUCCGCGAUGGAUCAAGUAGGUUUAAAGGAAAUUUUCGAGGAAGCUGUCAGGAUAUCGAUGUCCCAAAACGGAAACGGCAAGAAGAAAGCACCAAAUAAUUGUGUGCUACUGUAAUACGUAUUAGAUAGGUACCU